CGGAGCCCGUGGCCACCGCCGCCUGAGCAGCGCGACCCCGGCCUGCGCCCGCCCCACCCGGCAAGAUGCUGCCUGUGUACCAGGAGGUGAAGCCCAACCCGCUGCAGGACGCGAACCUCUGCUCCCGCGUGUUCUUCUGGUGGCUCAAUCCCUUGUUUAAAAUUGGCCAUAAACGGAGAUUAGAGGAAGAUGAUAUGUAUUCAGUGCUGCCGGAAGACCGCUCACAGCACCUUGGAGAGGAGUUGCAAGGGUUCUGGGAUAAAGAAGUUUUAAGAGCUGAGAAUGACGCACAGAAGCCUUCUUUAACAAGAGCAAUCAUAAAGUGUUACUGGAAAUCUUAUUUAGUUUUGGGAAUUUUUACGUUAAUUGAGGAAAGUGCCAAAGUAAUCCAGCCCAUAUUUUUGGGAAAAAUUAUUAAUUAUUUUGAAAAUUAUGAUCCCAUGGAUUCUGUGGCUUUGCACACAGCGUACGCCUAUGCCACGGUGCUGACUCUUUGCACGCUCAUUUUGGCUAUACUGCAUCACUUAUAUUUUUAUCACGUUCAGUGUGCUGGGAUGAGGUUACGAGUAGCCAUGUGCCAUAUGAUUUAUCGGAAGGCACUUCGUCUUAGUAACAUGGCCAUGGGGAAGACAACCACAGGCCAGAUAGUCAAUCUGCUGUCCAAUGAUGUGAACAAGUUUGAUCAGGUGACAGUGUUCUUACACUUCCUGUGGGCAGGACCACUGCAGGCGAUUGCAGUGACUGCCCUACUCUGGAUGGAGAUAGGAAUAUCGUGCCUUGCUGGGAUGGCAGUUCUAAUCAUUCUCCUGCCCUUGCAAAGCUGUUUCGGGAAGUUGUUCUCAUCACUGAGGAGUAAAACUGCGACGUUCACGGAUGCCAGGAUCAGGACCAUGAAUGAAGUUAUAACUGGCAUAAGGAUAAUAAAAAUGUACGCCUGGGAAAAGUCAUUUUCAGAUCUUAUUACCAAUUUGAGAAAGAAGGAGAUUUCCAAGAUUCUGAGAAGUUCCUACCUCAGAGGGAUGAAUUUGGCUUCGUUUUUCAGUGCAAGCAAAAUCAUCGUGUUUGUGACCUUCACCACCUACGUGCUCCUCGGCAAUGUGAUCACAGCCAGCCGCGUGUUUGUGGCAGUGACGCUGUAUGGGGCUGUGCGGCUGACGGUCACCCUCUUCUUCCCCUCAGCCGUUGAGAGGGUGUCAGAGGCAAUCGUCAGCAUCCAAAGAAUCCAGACCUUUUUGCUACUUGAUGAGAUAUCACAGCGCAACCGUCAGCUGCCGUCAGAUGGUAAAAAGAUGGUGCAUGUGCAGGAUUUUACUGCUUUUUGGGAUAAGGCAUCGGAGACCCCAACUCUACAAGGCCUUUCCUUUACUGUCAGACCUGGUGAAUUGUUAGCUGUGGUCGGCCCAGUGGGAGCAGGGAAGUCAUCACUGUUAAGUGCUGUGCUCGGGGAAUUGGCCCCAAGUCACGGGCUGGUCAGCGUGCAUGGAAGAAUUGCCUAUGUGUCUCAGCAGCCCUGGGUGUUCUCGGGAACUCUGAGGAGUAAUAUUUUAUUUGGUAAGAAAUACGAAAAGGAACGAUAUGAAAAAGUCAUAAAGGCUUGUGCGCUGAAAAAGGAUUUACAGCUGUUGGAGGAUGGUGAUCUGACUGUGAUAGGAGAUCGGGGAACCACGCUGAGUGGAGGGCAGAAAGCACGGGUAAACCUUGCAAGAGCAGUGUAUCAAGAUGCUGACAUCUAUCUCUUGGACGAUCCUCUCAGUGCAGUAGAUGCGGAAGUUAGCAGGCACUUGUUCGAACUGUGUAUUUGUCAAACUUUGCAUGAGAAGAUCACAAUUUUAGUGACUCAUCAGUUGCAGUACCUCAAAGCUGCAAGUCAGAUUCUGAUAUUGAAAGAUGGUAAAAUGGUGCAGAAGGGGACUUACACUGAGUUCCUAAAAUCUGGUAUAGAUUUUGGCUCCCUUUUAAAGAAGGACAACGAGGAAAGUGAACAACCUCCAGUUCCAGGAACUCCCACACUGAGGAAUCGUACCUUCUCGGAGUCCUCGGUUUGGUCUCAACAAUCUUCUAGACCCUCCUUGAAAGAUGGUGCUCUGGAGAGCCAAGAUACAGAGAAUGUCCCAGUUACACUAUCAGAGGAGAACCGUUCUGAAGGAAAAGUUGAUUUUCAGGCCUAUAAGAAUUACUUCAGAGCUGGUGCUCACUGGAUUGUCAUCAUUUUCCUUAUUCUCCUAAACACUGCAGCUCAGGUUGCCUAUGUUCUUCAAGAUUGGUGGCUUUCAUACUGGGCAAACAAACAAAGUAUGCUAAAUGUCACUGUAAAUGGAGGAGGAAAUGUAACCGAGAAGCUAGAUCUUAACUGGUACUUAGGAAUUUAUUCAGGUUUAACUAUAGCUACUGUUCUUUUUGGCAUAGCAAGAUCUCUAUUGGUAUUCUACGUCCUUGUUAAUUCUUCACAAACUUUGCACAACAAAAUGUUUGAAUCAAUUCUGAAAGCUCCGGUGUUAUUCUUUGAUAGAAAUCCAAUAGGAAGAAUUUUAAAUCGUUUCUCCAAAGACAUUGGACACUUGGAUGAUUUGCUGCCGCUGACGUUUUUAGAUUUCAUCCAGACAUCGCUGCAAGUGGUUGGUGUGGUCUCUGUGGCUGUGGCGGUGAUUCCUUGGAUCGCAAUACCCUUGGUUCCCCUUGGAAUCAUUUUCAUUUUUCUUCGGCGAUAUUUUUUGGAAACGUCAAGAGAUGUGAAACGCCUGGAAUCUACAACUCGGAGUCCAGUGUUUUCCCACUUAUCAUCUUCUCUCCAGGGGCUCUGGACCAUCCGGGCAUACAAAGCAGAAGAGAGGUGUCAGGAACUGUUUGAUGCACACCAGGAUUUACAUUCAGAGGCUUGGUUCUUGUUUUUGACAACUUCCCGCUGGUUCGCCGUCCGUCUGGAUGCCAUCUGUGCCAUGUUUGUCAUCAUCGUUGCCUUUGGGUCCCUGAUUCUGGCAAAAACUCUGGAUGCUGGGCAGGUUGGCUUGGCGCUGUCCUAUGCCCUCACACUCAUGGGGAUGUUUCAGUGGUGUGUUCGACAAAGUGCCGAAGUUGAAAAUAUGAUGAUCUCAGUAGAAAGGGUGAUUGAAUACACAGACCUUGAAAAAGAAGCACCUUGGGAAUAUCAGAAACGCCCACCACCGGCCUGGCCCCAUGAAGGGGUGAUCAUCUUUGACAAUGUGAACUUCAUGUACAGUCUAGAUGGGCCUCUGGUACUGAAGCAUCUGACAGCACUCAUUAAAUCACAAGAAAAGGUUGGCAUUGUGGGAAGAACCGGAGCUGGAAAAAGUUCCCUCAUCUCAGCCCUUUUUAGACUGUCAGAACCCAAAGGUAAAAUCUGGAUUGAUAAGAUCUUGACAACUGAAAUUGGACUUCAUGAUUUAAGGAAGAAAAUGUCAAUCAUACCUCAGGAACCUGUUUUGUUCACUGGAACAAUGAGGAAAAACCUGGAUCCCUUUAAUGAGCACACAGAUGAGGAACUGUGGAAUGCCUUACAAGAGGUACAACUUAAAGAAACCAUUGAAGAUCUUCCUGGUAAAAUGGAUACUGAAUUAGCAGAAUCAGGAUCCAAUUUUAGUGUUGGACAAAGACAACUGGUGUGCCUUGCCAGGGCAAUUCUCAGGAAAAAUAAGAUAUUGAUUAUUGAUGAAGCGACGGCAAAUGUGGAUCCAAGAACUGAUGAGUUAAUACAAAAAAAAAUCCGGGAGAAAUUUGCCCACUGCACCGUGCUAACCAUUGCACACAGAUUGAACACCAUUAUUGACAGCGACAAGAUAAUGGUUUUAGAUUCAGGAAGACUGAAAGAAUAUGAUGAGCCGUAUGUUUUGCUGCAAAAUAAAGAGAGCCUAUUUUACAAGAUGGUGCAACAACUGGGCAAAGCAGAAGCCGCUGCCCUCACUGAAACAGCAAAACAGGUAUACUUCAAAAGAAAUUAUCCACAUAUUGGUCACACUGACCGUAUGGUUACAGACACUUCCAAUGGACAGCCCUCGACCUUAACUAUUUUCGAGACAGCACUGUGAAUCCAACCAAGAUGUCAAGUCUGUUCCGAAGGCAUUUUCCACUAGUUUUUGGACUGUGUAAACCACAUUGUACUUUUUUUACUUUGGCAACAAAUAUUUAUACAUACAAGAUGCUAGUUCAUUUGAAUAUUUCUCCCAACUUAUCCAAGGAUCUCCAGCUCUAACAAAAUGGUUUAUUUUUAUUUAAAUGUCAAUAGUUGUUGUUUAAAAUCCAAAUCAGAGGUGCAGGCCACCAGUUAAAUGCUGUCUAUCAGGUUUUGUGCCUUAAGAGACUACAGAGUCAAAGCUCAUCUUUAAAGGAGUAGCACAAAGUUGUCACAGGUUUUUGUUGUUUUUACUGCCCCCAAAAUUACAUGUUAAUUUCCAUUUAUAUCAGGGAUUCUAUUUACUUGAAGACUGUGAAGUUGCCAUUUUGUCUCAUUGUUUUCUUUGACAUAACUAGGAUCCAUUAUUUCCCCUGAAGGCUUCUUGUUAGAAAAUAGUACAGUUACAACCAAUAGGAACUACAAAAAGAAAAAGUUUGUGACAUCGUAGUAGGGAGUAUGUACCCCUUACUCCCCACCAAAAAAAAAAAAAAAAAAGGAUAUAUGGUUAAAGGAUAGAAGGACAAUAUUUUAUCAUAUGUUCUAAAAGAGAAGGAAGAGAAAAAUAUUACUUUCUCAAAAUGGAAGCCCUUAAAGGUGCUUUGAUACUGAAGGACACAAGUGUGACCGUCCAUCCUCCUUUAGAGUUGCAUGACUUGGACUUGGUAACUGUCGCAGUUUUAGACUCAGCAUCGUGACACUUCCUAAGAAGGCCAAACCUCUAACCGACAUUCCUGAAAUACAUGGCAUUAUUCUUUUUUGGAUUUCUCAUUUAUGGAAGGCUAACCCUCUGUUGACUGUAAGCCUUUUGGUUUAGGCUUUAUUGAAAUCCUUUCUAAAUUGCAUGAAUAGGCUCUGCUAACAUGAUGAGACAAACUGAAAAUUAUUGCAAGCAUUGACUGUAAUUAUGCAGUACGUUCUCAGGAUGCAUCCAGGGGUUCAUUUUCAUGAGCCUGUCCAGGUUAGUUUACUCCUGACCACUAAUAGCAUUGUCAUUUGGGCUUUCUGUUGAAUGAAUCAACAAACCACAAUACUUCCUGGGACCUGUUGUACUUUAUUUGAACUAUGAGUCUUUAAUUUUUCUUGAUGUUGGUGGCUGUAAUAUGUUGAGUUCAGUUUACUAAAGGUUUUACUAUUAUGGUUUGAAGUGGAGUCUCACGAUCUCUCAGAAUAAGGUGUCACCUCCUUGAAAUUGCAUAUAUGUAUAUAGACAUGCACAUGUGUGCAUUUGUAUACAUAUGUUUGUCCUUCAUAUAUCAAGUUUUUUGACUCAUCAGCAGAGAGCAACAGAUGUUUUAUUGAGUGAAGCCUUAAAAAGCACACACCACACACAGCUAACUACCAAAAUACAUUGACUGUAGUAGCUGUUCAACUGCUAGUACUUAGAAAUAAAUGUAUGGUUAAUGUUCAGUCCAAUAAACCACACACAGUAAGUGUUUAUUGGUAGUCAUGGUUCGUAUUUUGGGUGACUGAAAUUACAACAGUGAUCAUAAUGAGGUUUGUUAAAACGUUAGCUAUAUUCAAAAUGUCUAUAUGUUUAUUUGGACUUUUGAGGUUAAAGACAGUCAUAUAAACAUCCUGUUUCUGUUUUAAUAUUAUCAUAGAAUUUUUUAGUGAAACUAAAUUCAAUUGAAAUAAAUGAUAGUUUUCAUCUCCAUUCA